AUGCCUUAUUCCCCGGCCAACAAUUCAGUGACGGUCCGCCGACCCUUCCCUCUGUCUCAUGGAACGACGACCUUGGCUUUCAUCUUCCAAGGCGGGGUCAUUGCAGCUGCAGACACGCGCGCCAGUGCUGGGGGACUUGUUGCCUGUCCAGCCGUUCACAAGAUCACCCCGAUUCACUCCCAUUUAGUGGUCACCUCCUCGGGGAGCGGGGCGGACUGCAUGCUGUGGGAGCGAAUUCUGGCCAGAGAGAUCCGACUCUACCAACUGCGGCACAGACGUUGCCUUUCGAUAAGUGGCACCGCCAAGCUCCUGUCGUUCAUGCUGCACCCCUUUAAAGGGACUGAAUUGUGUGUGGCCCUUACACUGUGUGGCUGGGAUAAGGAAGCAGGCCCAAAGCUGAUAUAUGUGUGCAGCGAUGGAGCCCGACUGCAGGGGGAUGUCUUUUCCGUGGGCUCGGGCUCUCCUUAUGCUUACGGAGUCCUGGAUGGAGGACUGAGGUGGAGUCUGAGUAAAGAAGAGGCCGUCUCCUUGGCAAGGGAAGCGGUGUUCAGAGCCACUCACAGGGACGCCUACUCGGGAAACAGCGUGGACCUCUUCCACAUCACAGCCCAGGGUUGGAGCCAAAGAAAGAGAGAGGACCUGAGAGAGGAAUAUUACAGAGACAUGAAGAGGAGGGAGAAGACAGUGGAGGAAAGAAGAAGAGCAUCAGAGGGUUCGGGAUGA